CACCCGGAUGAACUUCCACAGCGGUGCGGAGAGAGUACCCCGAUCCACGAACCCUGACCAUGGCAAUGACCCUGGGUUACUGGGACAUCCGCGGGCUGGCUCACGCCAUCCGCCUGCUGCUGGAGUACACAGACUCAAACUAUGAGGAGAAGUACCCGAUGGGGGACGCUCCCAACUAUGACAGAAGCCAGUGGCUGAAUGAAAAAUCCAAGCUGGGCCUGGACUUCCCCAAUCUGCCCUACUUAAUUGAUGGGGCUCACAAGCUCAGCCAGAGCAACGCCAUCCUUCGCUACAUUGCUCGCAAGCACAACAUGUGUGGGGAGACAGAGGAAGAGAAGAUUCGCAUGGACGUACUGGAGAACCAGGUUAUGGAUGUCCGCUUGUGCAUGGCCAUGAUCUGCUACAGCUCUGACUUUGAGAAACUAAAGCCUGAUUACUUGAAGGAGAUCCCUAAAACGAUGAAGCUCUUCUCAGAUUUUCUGGGGAAGAGGCCCUGGUUUGCAGGGGACAAGCUCACCUAUGUGGAUUUCCUGGCUUACGACGUCCUUGACAUGCACCGCAUAUUUGAGCCCAAGUGCCUGGAUGAAUUCCCAAACCUGAAAGACUUCAUUUCCCGUUUUGAGGGCUUGAAGAAGAUCUCUGCCUACGUGAAGUCCAGUCGCUUCCUCCCAGGCCCUCUGUUUCUAAAGACUGCCGUGUGGGGCAACAAGUACUGCCCUGUAACCAGGAGACGGGAGUGAGGAGCCAUUGCCCUAGAGACCAGGUGGACCUCCCUGUGCACAGAACCAUCUGUCUUUUUCUUUCUCCUUCUUUUCACUCUAGAUGCCGUCUUGGCCCCCUUUAUCUCCCUCCCAACCCCCUUUUCAUCCAUCCUUUAUUCAGUUCCCCACUUUUCUUCAGCAAAGUUCCUCCCCACCCCACAUUAUCCCUCCUGCACUAAAGCCAACCAGAUUAUCCUUCCCUUCCAUGGUUGCUUCUGCUGUGAGGAGCCCAACCAGACCCCUGGCCCAUAGGGCUCUGCUCUGAGCUCCCAGCACUGUCCUGAAGAUCAGAAUUGGCCUGGUGUACAGGCCCUGCUUCCCAGUGUGGUUCCUGCCCAGCCCUGUCUGAUCCCCAGUAAAGCCUUAAUGAUA